AUGGCAUACGCAGAUAUCCAGAUGUUAAUGGGAAAGUUGAAGCAGCUGAUAUACUCCAAUGAUAUUCCAGUGAUCAACAAUCCAUCAAUCUUAAGUGAAAGGCCUCAAUUCCAACAUCUUUAUGAAGAGCUUGGCUUCAUGAUCCAAAUCCUUUUCAACCACGAAGACCAAGAUCUACACAGCUUUGAAAAAGUGAGAAAACUGAAGAGAAGAUUCAAAGUUGCAGCUGAAGAAGCAGAAGGUAUCGUCGAUAUAUUUCUAACCACUGUCCACUGUAGAAAUAACGGAUAUUUCCCUAGAUCUGAUGUCUUUCAGCCCUCUCUCCACCUUGAGGUUGUUAUGAGAUCAAUCGAGUCUAUCAAGAUAGAGUUCAUGACCAUUAACAUCGAUAACAUGAAGAUGGACUCUUCUCUGAGAACUGACAGACUGCAAUCGGCUGGAACUUCCCACACUAGAAAUUCAAGGGGUUCAAAGAAAUUAUUGGAAAAAGUCAUUGUGGGGUUCAAUCGUGAUGCUGAGAUAAUACGGGACAAACUUGUUGAAGAUGGAAAGAAGUUGGAUGUGAUAUCUAUUGUUGGUAUGGGUGGAAUAGGUAAGACUACCCUUGCUAACAAAGUUUUCACUGAUCCUUUUGUUGUUCAUCAUUUUUAUGUCCGUGGAUGGGUCACUGUUUCACAAAUAUUUGACAAGCGGGAUCUGUUGAUUCAAGUUCUGACAUCCAUAGAUGAUCAAUUAGAGCUUGAAAAAGCAACGGACUAUCAACUUCGUGCAAUGUUGCAUAAAAGCCUAAUGGGUAAGAGAUAUAUGAUUGUCAUUGAUGACAUCUGGAGUAAAGAGGCAUGGGAUAAGCUGAAAUUAUUUUUCCCUGAUGAUAACAUUGGAAGUCGAAUUCUGCUUACUAGUCGCCUCACCGAAGUUGCUUCGCAUGCAAAAUCACAUGGACUCAUUCAUCAUUUACAACAUUUGACUGAAGAAGAAAGUUGGAAGUUGCUGUGUGAAAAGGUGUUCCAAGGAAACGAAUGUCCCAAAUGGUUGAUUGCUCCUGGAAUGCAAAUUGCAAAAAACUGA